AUGUUUUCGUCCAGCGUCAGCAAGGCCGCUUCCAAGAAGUAUCUGCGAAAUUCAGAGUUGUACGAUGAUAUCCUCCGUGACAACGUAAAGUACUAUGAAGCACUUGCCGUUUGGAAGACACAGGAGUAUUCGGUUGGCGAAGUUGAGCGUGCCGUGAAGAAGCUUGGUAGAGAUUCGGACGAGAUCACAUACAUCACAAACGGGUACAAGGCUUUCCUCGAGAAUGGCGAUAUACGGUUGCAAUAG